GGGCUGGGCUGGGCUACGCGGCUUGAGCCUGGCUCUAUCCAGAGCGAAAGACCCUGAUGGCUGCGGUGUUUCUGGUAAUGCUUUAUGAAUACUCACCGCUUUUCUAUAUCGCGGUGGUCUUUACCUGCUUCGUUGUGACUACCGGUCUGGUAUUGGGAUGGUUUGGUUGGGAUGUUCCAGUAAUUCUGAGAACUUCAGAAGAGACCCAGUUCAGCACAAGAGUUUUCAAAAAGCAAAUGAGACAAGUCAAGAAUCCUUUUGGCUUAGAGAUCACUAAUCCAUCUUCAGCUUCAAUUACAACUGGCAUAACCUUGACAACAGAUUGCCUUGAAGAUAGUCUCCUUACAUGCUACUGGGGGUGCAGUGUUCAAAAAUUAUAUGAAGCUCUGCAGAAGCAUGUUUAUUGCUUCAGAAUAAGCACUCCCCAAGCAUUAGAAGAUGCUCUGUAUAGUGAAUAUCUCUAUCAGGAACAGUAUUUUAUUAAAAAGGAUAGCAAAGAAGAAAUAUAUUGCUGGUUACCAAGAGAUAAUAAAAUUGAAGACUUUGGCACAGUGCCCACAUCUCGCUAUCCAUUGGUAGCGCUAUUGACCUUAGCUGAUGAGGAUGACCGGGAAAUUUAUGAUAUUAUUUCCAUGGCGUCAGUGAUUCAUAUUCCUGAUAGGACUUAUAAACUAUCCUGCAGAAUAUUUUAUCAAUAUUUACUCUUGGCUCGAGGUCAAUUUCAUGAUCUUAAGCAACUUUUCAUGUCUGCAAAUAAUAGUUUCACUCCCUCCAACUAUUCCUCUUCAGAAGAAAAAAACACAGACAGAAGUUUGUUGGAAAAGGUGAGACUCUCUAAAAGUGAAGUUGAGCCAUCGGAGAACAGCAAGGACUGUGUUGUUUGCCAGAAUGGGACUGUGAACUGGGUGCUCUUACCAUGCAUACACACCUGCCUGUGUGAUGGCUGCGUGAAGUAUUUUCAGCAGUGCCCAAUGUGCAGGCAGUUUGUUCAGGAAUCUUUUGCACUUUGCAGUCAAAAAGAGCAAGAUAAAGACAAACUGAAGACUCUUUGA